AUGCCGCAUACUCCAAUAAAUAUACUCGCAAAAUCAACUUUGGAUGCAUCUGCAGCUAUCACUCAACACACGUUGAAGAAGAUGAUCAAGAUGUUGUCCGACUCUAAUGUCAUUGCUUGUGAGGAAGAUCAUGACACGUACAAAGAUUUUGCAAGCAUAUGCAAAUUAAAGCUACAACAGGAGAAAUUGAUGGUUACGAAGGUCCAAGACAAAAUCAGCAAAGGACGCUAUUUUUUCAAAGGGCAAAACAAGACCAAGAAACUUGUAACUCAAAAAGAAAGAUUGAAUUUUCUGCUUGCCUUGGAUGAAAGCGGCUUCCUGGAAGAGUUUCGAAUGAGCAAGAGCUCUUUUUAUAAGCUGUAUGAUCUUGUAAAAAACCACGAGCUUUACCAACAAUUGUCAGGAUUUUACUCGAUCGAUGUUAGACUACAGAUUUCCAUUGUUCUUGACCGAUUAGGAUCAAAUGGUAAUUCUUCGUCAAGUGGCCGUUUGGCAAGACGUUCUGGAAUAGGAAAUGACGACAAAUGGUCUCAGGAAGCCAAGCGUCGAUGGGAAGAUAGAGAGAAAGCUGAAGUUGAACGCCUGCGGAAGACAGGAUAUUCAGAGGAGUCUGGUGUAGUAGAUGGAUCCCAGAAUAUAGACGGAAAUACAAGGUGGAUCCAGACACAACGUGUUGUUAUGUCAAAAGAGAAGAAUAAAUCUUCUUGA